AUGCUCAGAAAGAACGACUUGCAGCAGAACUUAGUGUCCAAGCAGGCCCGAGAGCUCUUAUUGGAGGUUGGCUAUGCAGGUGCAUUUGCUGAGAUUGGCAGGAGCAGUGUUGCUGACACCCAUGAGAUGGAAGACACUGAGGCAGCAGAGGACUAUGUGCCUCAGCAUGUGCUGAAGGAUUUGGACCUCCACAUCACACAAGAUGACAUUGUGAUCCACGAGUGCACCGCCCACUUUGGUCAAUGGGCAUUUGAAAGGUUGAUCUCAAUCCUCACGAAUACCCAGUCCUGUGAUCUUGACGGGCAAGGCUUGACUGAAGAGGGUGCAAGGGCCAAGUGGAAGGAGGACUUUGCCAACAGGUCUAUAGAUCGGUUUCAAGACUACAAGCUGAACAGCAAGGGCAAAAAAACAGAUGAGCUGGACAGAUCUGUGAACUUGACGAAGUCAGUGGAGCAGCACAAGACAGUCAACGAGCAGCAGGCACAUUCACUGGAGCAGAAGGUCAAGCUGGCCCGUGUGGCUUCUGUUGACUCAAAUGAUAUCCAACAGGCAGAGGAUGAGCUUUUCCAGCUUAUGUCAAAAGAUCCCUAUUUUGGCGGGCUGGAAUUGCAAGUUGGUGAAGUCCAGUGUCAGGGGCACUUGUUCAGUACCAGGGAUAUGGCACUUCUACUUCCCACUGUUGAGUCAGUGGAAGCUACUUUCGAAGAGCACAACACAGCCAUGUCACGUCUUGAUGCCUUGGCAAAAGCAGUUGUCCAGAGUUCAAAUGACUGGAGAUCUCAAAAGAAAGCACUGGCAAAAGCUAGAGCAGCAGAGGAGAAGGAAAUCGAUCGUGAAACGAAGCGUCAAGAGAAACUUCAGCAGAAAGAAAAAGAUAAGGAAGAAAAGGAACGCCAGAAACGCAUUAGGGCUCUUCAGGAGGCUCAAGACAAGGGGGCCGCGGCCGAGGAAGACCAGGACAAAGAUCCCAAGGAUCCUAACAAGAGGAGAAAGAAACGUAGAACAGCUACCAUUGCAGCAGGUCAGUUCAACCCGGAUGACCCAGCUAUUGUCAAGGGAAAAUUUGGAGAUGACUACCAGAUGCAAAUCUUUGAGGGAUCUGACUUCGAUUUUUGUCAGCACUUGGACCAAACACCAGGCUCUUGCUGUCCAAGACAGGCUCAUGAAAUGGAAUCCUCGAUCAUGAACAAGCACUGCCAGCAAAUUGCUCAGCAAAACCGGAAGUUCACUGCAGAGGCCUGCAAGGUUUUCGAAGACGACAAGAUCAGGCUCACAGCAGUGAAACCGCUCCAGGGUAACUUUGCUCGCGAACUUGGCUUGGAGUUCAUCUUCCAGGACUACAUUGACCAGCAGAACACCAUGGUGGCGGAGGGAGAGACUGGAGUAAUACCAUGUCCAGCAAGCAUCGCAGACCCAGAAACCUUUCUCAAGUGGCUGAAGACAAACGAAGAGAUGAAGGGUGUGCCGGAUCAGCAUGAAAUGCUGUAUGAAAAGUUCUCCUCGGCUUACUUGUGCUCUUUCAAACAAGGUGCUGUCACCAACAAUGUCCCUGUUGGUGGUGUUGGCUAUGUUCAAUAUCAGGCAGAGGGGAGUCGCAUUAUGGACGUGCUCAGUGGCUUUGCCGAGAUCACUCCCGAAGAUGUAGCAAUUUUGGAGAAGCUCCCAUCGUUGAGGACCGUGUGCACACUUCCAGGAGAUGUUGUCAUCCUACCGCCUGGACUGCUUACAAUCGAGAAGAUAUUGAAUUCGCAUUUCAUGGUCAUUAGAGCCCCGACGCACCUGGUCCAUGUGAACCGCCAAGAUGCUUAUGACAAGCUGACCUACAAGGCAAAUGAGGCCCUCCAGAAAUUGAUGCAAGAAGAAGAACAAGAACAGGAGCACCCUCCGGAGCCAGAGAAGAAGGAAGGCUUGCCCCAAGUACCAGCCGAUACCCGGUCAGCUGAAGCAGCCCAGGCAGCAGCAGCCACGCCUGCACCACCAGAUGUACAUGAAGCAGCCCAGGCAGUACCCAUGCAGGCUGCACCCGCCCAGGUAGAGGAUGCAGCCCCGGCAGCAGCAGCCAUGCCUGCGCCAAAUGCCGCCAAGGAGAAUGAAGAGGCCGCCAAGGAGAAUGAAGAGGCCGCCAAGGAGAAUGAAGACAAGAAAGAUAAGAAACACAAGGAGAAACAUGACAAUGACAAGAAAGAGAAGAAACACAAGCAUGACAAGCAUGACAAGCAAGAGAAGAAAGAGAAAAAAGAGAAGAAAGAGAAGAAAGAGAAGAACAAGGAUAAGGUUGAUGACCCGGAUAAGACAAACCAAAAAAGACAAAAGCCACUGAUCGGAGAUGAUGCAGAUGGCAAGGGUGAAUCGGGUGAAUCAAGGGAGACCAAGAGAUCAAGAGCUGAGGCUGAGGCUGAGGCUCUGAAAUCUCUUGCAGAAGUUCAGACGAGAAAAGACGAAUACAUGCAACAGCUGCUUGCUCGGUUCAACCAGGACUUGAAGAGUGCUGGUCUAGUCAAAGGUAGAGGUCAGACUCAAAGGCUGACUGAGAGUACCGACGAUCUUGACCGAAUGCUUGAAGUUGCAGAGGAGACCAUUAGGGCCGAGUUUGACUUCCAAUCACCACCAGACAGCCCCCAGGAGGAUGAUAUUGCGGACAAAGAAGAUGUCCACCCAAUAUCAGCCUACAAGAUCACCACCAACAUGCUUUUGGAGCAGUUGAUGGAGCUAUAUGAACAGAAGCAGCCUCCCAAAGCACCAGCCCGAGCAAAGUCCAAAGCAAAAGCUCAAGCCAAGUCCUCCGCGAAGCGGGUUGCUGAGAAGACGCCCCAGGCAAGGUCUUCUAAGGCUAGGAGCAAUACUCAUCCAGCAAGUGCUGCAAUUCCAGAGACUCCAAACAAACUGGAGCGACCAGCACCUUCAACCGGGAAGGGCAAAGGGCACGCGAGGAAAAGCAGCAAGGCGCAGUUGGAAUGCAUCACCGCAUUUCUCCAGAAGGUGGACACCAAGGCUGCCACUGCCAGCCUGCCUAGCGAUGCACAGCCAGGUGAUAUCCAGUGA